CACAUGUGGUCCUUUUCGCUAUAGAUUGCGACGGACUUCUCUGGAACGAAAAUAUCCGAUGAUCCUGUGUUAGUCUUAGUAACGUAAUUCGGCUUCCACGGCGAAACAUUAAAAUCUCUUAAGUGCGUUGAUUUUUUUUUUUUUUUGCAAAAAUGGAAUCUGAUUGUGACACGGUAAUGGCCGACGAAAUUGAUGUUAUGGAACUGUUACAUAGUUUGCAACAAGAAAAUGCGAAGAAUAAGAUGUCACAGAGAGAUAUUUCGCGCAGUAUCUUCCACUGGUAUUUAAAAAUAAUGGGCUUCAUCCAGGUUGAUGACAAUAAAUUUGAACGGAGAGCCUUUGGCAUGGAUAUGCCGUUCGAAUUUAGAUUGAAAAUGGUUCCCGAUCACGACAACUACAUUGCCUUAAGCCGUAACGCGCAUUCCAACAACAAUCUGAAUCAUUCUUCCGUGGAGGGAUACGGUUUCCGAAAAUUUCCAUCUUUAAACCUAGAGCAAUCCAGUGUCGAAAAAGAUGCGAAGAGAUUACGUAAUGAGUUGAGGAAGUUGCAUUCCUUAUUACGAAAAGUUUGGGAGAAUACUCGAGACGAUGACGACGAUACAACAUCAUCAUCAUCGGAAGUGGAAUCGGAUAUGGAAUAGGUAUUGUAAUGUUGUCGAAUAACGAUCACAAAUGUGUAAUUUUUUAUUUAAUAUUCAUCGUAAUGUUUCUGUCGGUGAAUAUGAACUCACUUGUACACUUUUGGAGUAAUUUUUUUUUCUUUGUGUGAGCUGUUGAGUUAGGUAGGUAUUGUGAAUGUAAUAAUUAAGUAGGUACUUAUAUGUACAUUUAUUUAUGCAUUUCAUUACAAAAGUAUGUACAUAUAAUAUACAAAAAUUAACUUUGA